AUGGAAUAGAAUCACCCUGAUUUUCCUCAACUUCGUUGUGCAGAUCACAAGUCACCCAUCAUCCUUGUCUGCCCUUCAUUCAAUCCUGAUUCAAAGAGCUUCUUUUGUGCUAAAUGUAUUGCUUUAGGUCAAAAUAAGGACAACACUAACUUGAUCACCUACGAAGAAUUCGUUUAGAAUAUUGCUACUUCUUCUGGUAUUAACGUUCCUGCUUCUGCUGAAGCUCUCCAAAUCGCUGAAGCUAAGAAGGCUAAAAUCAGUCAAUUUGAAAGCCACAUUGAAUAAGAAAAGAGCCAUAUCUCUGCUCUUUCCACUGAAUUGUAGAACCAAUAUCAAGAAAAAUGCAAUGAAAUGGUGACUGAAUUGAAGGGAGUUCUUGAGAGCUAAAAGUCAAUUUUCAGAAACUUUUAUAAUAGAUUUGAAUAGGAAAUUAAGAUUGACAACGAACAAGAAGCUAACAUUCCUAAAUUCACUGAAAUCAGAGAUAAGGUCUCAGCUGAAGAAGACAUUAACUAAGUAGAAAGCUAUCUUGCUCAAAUCGUUCACUAGAAGGAAGCAUGGAAUAGCGCUUCAGUUGAAAUCCGCACAAUUGGUAAGAGAACCGAGGAUUAUUACAGAGAAAAGAUUGAAAAACUAUCUGAGAACCAACCUACUUUCAAUACUAAGGACUAGAUUUUGGACAUUUGGACAAAUGGAUUGAAGGAAUUGAUUGAAAAGGUUAAGAGUUAAAGUGGAUGCUUUACUAAUUUAUAUGAGCAUACUCAAGGUAUUGUCUUAAACAUAUAAGCUGCUCAAGAAGUCUCCUUAAUUACUAACUAAAUGAUCAAGGAAGACACUGAACUUGUUCUUAACUUCUCUAAAAAGCCUCUUACUCAAUAAGAAGCUAAAAAGAUUGGCUCUGAUCUCGCCACUCUUACUAACCUCAGACAUUUAACUAUAAUUUUAGAAAAUAAUCAUACCCAAACUGAAAGUGUCCAUGAAAUUACUUAAGCUUUAUCUGUAUUGACUGGAUUAAAUCAUCUCCACAUUAACUUAUAUGGAAACAAGCUUGGAGAUGAAUUCUCUACCUAAUUAGGUGCUUAAAUCUCUCAUUUAACUAACUUAGAAAGCUUGCACUUUGAAAUCGGUAUGAAUGAUUUAUCCUCAGCUUCAGUUUAGAACUUAGUCGCUCAUUUUGGUGUUCUUACCAACUUGAAGAAAUUUACUUUUGAUGCUAAAUACAAUAAGAUUACUGACGUUUCCUCUCUUUCUUAAUCCCUUUCCCACUUUGCAACAAGCUUGACCCACUUAAAUGUCAGCUUUGGAGGAUUCUCUCUUUCUAAAAACAGCCUCACUUUAGACUCAUAAAAAUCACUUGUCCGUGCCAUAAGAUAGCUCACUAACUUAACCCACUUAGUCUUAGAUCUCGGCUACACAGAUUUGGAGAAUUCAAGCGCAAUUGAACUUUCUUAAAGCUUAAAGGACUUGACUUUAUUGAGAUAGGUCAACUUACAAUUAUACUAAAACCCCCUUGAAAGCAGAGCUGCUUCUAAGAUAGUUAAGAGACUUGUCAAAAUCUAAAGAUUGAAUGAUGUUGUAGUCAACUUUAAUUUCAACGAUAAGAUUAAAUUAGAAGGAGCCACAGAAAUAAUUAACUCUUUCAGACAAAUGCAUUAAUUAUAACAUUUGGAUCUCUCUUUGAUCAAGGUUGGAGUUGAAAAAGACCAGUAAGUCAGCCUAAGAGAUGACUUGACCAAGAAUAAACUUGGAUCUGCUUUUGAAAAAGUUGUUGUCCUUUUCUGA